GACGUGUAAUGAGCCGCGAACAGGUAAGUGAUCAGUGAGUUAUAGAUCUCCUCGUUCUCACCUAGCAACUACAAGUGUCAACUUCCGGAUAACUGUCAAAAUGGCGUCCGAGGAGCGAUUUUACCAGGCGUUCCACAAGUACGUGCUCGAUGACAAUCCUGUACGAAGAAGUAUUUCAGCUAAAUCUAUUAGAAGGUUCCGAGACCCACACGAAGCGCUCGAGAAAAUUUUAAAUAAAACGACCCUGACAACACAGCGAGCCACCCAUGGCAAUAUUAUCUCACUUGGGGGUGAUAUGCUCUCUAAAAACAAUGACGAUAACUUGGAAGGCUUCGAGAGGUCCGUGCAGGAAGCAGUUGAUGCGGCUGAAGUACGAGCAACACGUGAGCUGAAGGCUGCACUCACGAGACUCCGAAACCAGAAGGAUGAAGAGAGGCACUGUGCUCUCCAGAAGCAAAAGGAGUAUGCUGAACGUCUUGCUCAACGCAUCUCGGAUCAAAGAGAUCGCGCGGAGGAGGAACGGAUGAAAGACCUGAUGGUUAAAUUAAAUCUGGAAAAACAAGAAGAACUUCGUCAACAGUGGAAAAAAGCGGAGAAAGUCAAGGAAAGGGCGAUAGAAAAAGCGUGCGCAGAGCUGCGAUUGGAACUGGAAAAGGUUCACGAAGCUGAAAAAGACAAUGCUGUGGAAGAGGCCUUGAAACAAGCGAACAUCGAAUUUGAUCAUCGGGAGCAGGAAACAAUCAAAACAACGAGAGCUAUCUGUGCCGCAGAAGAAAGCGUCAGAGCCGCUCAGCAAGAAGCGAAACAUGCCGAUCAUGUGGAAAGGCUGAAUAAACGUUACGAAAUAUUACAAGAUAAAUGGCGUCGGGAAACAGAGUUUAGGAUUAAAGUGGAAAAGGAUUUUACGGCCAUGCAGGACGAUUAUAAACGAUUCUUGGAUUAUACUGAUGGACAGUUUCAUUCUGACUAUUUGAUGCGUUUACGGAAUCUGGGUGUGAUGUUGCCAGGGCGACGUGUUAAUCGUAUUUCUUACGAAGAUAUAAAGGAACUCUGAAAUGUGUUAAAGAUAAUUUACUUUAUGAAAUCUGGACGUGAUGUUACCAUGCGUUAAAGAUGUAUUAUGUAAGAUUAAGGUAAAGAUCUGAUCGUUCUUGCUAUAAUACAUGUAGUUCAAAAACAGAUAAUGAAAAAUGCAUAUCUUGAAAAUAUAGCUGCUACUAACUUGAUGCCAUUGUUACGAUGAUAAACAGUAUCGGAUAUCCAGUUUUGAAUUAGAUAAUUAAAAAGCGAUCAUGUCUCAAUCUGUUCAAAAUCACAACCAUGCGAUGAUCUAGAGAGUUGAUUAUCACCUUGUUAUGUGAAUAAAUGUCUAAAUACUAAUUAAUAUAACAUUUGAAUUGCAAUAGUCAGACAUAGCUCUAACAUAAUGUAUCUUUAAUGAUUUCCUUUCUGUAUUUUUAUGCAUUCACAAAUGGCCUAUCUUUCCUGGAAUAUUAAACAGAUAAGGAGCUCUAGUUACAGGCAUGUUUCGGAUUAGUCCAAAUGCUAAAAUGACAACAAAUUGAUAUUUGCCCACAUUUCUAGCUAGACUUUAGAAUCGGUCCACCACGUGCCUUACCUGUAUGGAACAUGCAUUGAAUGAGGGUUAGAGUUUAGGUAAAGUAUAAUAUUUGAAACAUUGGUGGACGACAGAUUCUGAAAUCACUCUAAAACUCUGGAUAUUCGUCUCACAUUGUUUCUGUAUGUGAAAUUGUUAUUUGUGUGAAAGAUAUGUGCAGUAAUAACCUGUAUAGAAGUCAUACGUAGAUCCAUAUGUCAAAUUGCAAUUGAUUUGAAAAACAUGCACAGUAAUAUAACGGUAUAUAUGUAUAACACAUUUAUAUAAGUCAUUUUUAGACCUUUAUCAUGAAUAGUUUGCAGUUCAAUAAGGUAUUGUCUUGGUUCAAGGAUUUGAAAGCAGCAACUCAUGACGAAGUCGAUCAGUCACUAUCAGAACAAAAUUUAUUCAGUUUUAAUUUUGUGACAGCUGGGUUACCAAUUGUAGUUCCCACAAAAAAUAUAUUAGUUAAGUCUUAAAAACAACGUAUAUGCAUGUGUUAUUAAUACUGCACAUGUUUUUCAGACGAAAUAAUCAUUUGACGAAUAUCCAAGACGAUUAUUAUUUGACCCAAUGUGCCUACAGAUAUCUUCUGUUUAUUUAUUUCAUUAAAACAAGAACUUACACCUUGCCUAUACAAAGUUAAGAAAUAAAUUUUGUUAUAUUUUUGAUAUUAGUUAGAAAAUUUAAAAUGCUUAUUUUUAUAUUAGAAUUAUAUCAAAACAUGAAUUUAUGCCUUGCCCAUGCUGAUUUACAAGUUUACAACUGUAAGAAAAUAAUUUUGUUAUAUUUUUGAUAUAGGUUAAAAUUAUAGAAUAUAUAUAAUGUUUGAAAUGUAAAAGUGUGUGAUAUUAAUGAUAGAUAAUUUUAUGUAUCAUGUGAAAUAUAGUAAUAUGCAGAGAGAAAAAUGGGAUUUAACAUCCACUCGACAUAAACCAGGGAAUUUCAGUACUAACAUAUGGUUCAAUUUUAUUUCAAUAAUUCGCUUGUGCUUAGGAAAGUCUAUAGUUAUGGGAGAAAUGUGGAGAAAAUUUUGUUGUAUAUUAAACACAGGAUUGUAGAGCAUUAACAUCAUACUCCCAAUAUAAAUACCAAAGAACAUAUUAUAAUCAAAACAGUUUUUACCCUGGUGAUUCUAGCACCAUGAGGGUUAUAAUCGUCGCUUGCACUCUAUUCUGCUUUGAUUUUUAUGUAUAGUUCUUUUGUCACCCUAAUCACCCGUUCACGUUCACAACUUGAUGAAACUUGUUAGAAACCACAGUCAUUCUAGACAAGAGUUGAAGUUUUUAGACUUGAUCAUUUCUAAAUUCGGUUAUGGCCAUUUGAAGUUUACAUUGGUAUCAGUUGAUUUCAUGCUGUCAUUUUUAUGUGUCUUAGCUCAAAAUAAAAGUUAAUGCUAUAUCAUUGUUUAGAGCCUACUGAUUUGUUCUGCUCUACAGUGUUUUAUUAGAUGGUAGUAAAUUGAGCUCACACAAGUAUUUGAAUAUUCACAUUCAAAUAGUUUCUUGAGACUAUAGAGAAAGCUUAAAGUUUCCAUUAGGAGCACUUGAUCACUGCACCAUGUCAUUCUCUAAUGAUUGAAACCUUAAAAGUCCUCUACAUUUUAAAUAGUUUUUUGAGACAAUAGAGAAGGCUAAAUGAUUUAAAUGGUAUAAAAUCAACAAUAACAGUCCUUUUAAUUUGAACCAGGAAUUGUUUUUCUACUUAUUGAUUUAUUUAUUUAUUUUUGUCAUGUUAACUUGUUAUAUAUACAUGUAUAUAUAUUUAUCAUAUU